AUGUCUCCGUUCCGACUCAUAUUUGGGAAGGCGUGCCAUCUGCCAGUUGAGCUCGAGCAUAGAGCCUAUUGGGCAAUAAAGAAGCUCAACCUAUCUUUGGACGAAGUAGGUAAACAUAGACUUCUCCAGCUGCAGGAAUUACAGGAGUUAAGGCGUGACGCGUACGAGAACGCGGAGAUCUACAAAGAAAAGACCAAGGCCUUUCAUGACAAGAACAUCAGAAGAAGAACUUUCAACGUCAAUGAAAAGGUUUGGUUAUAUAACUCUCGCCUUAAGCUUUUUCCAGGUAAGCUGCGCUCAUGGUGGGACGGUCCGUACGUGGUUGUGGAAUCGUUUGACAACGGAUCAGUGCUUAUUUCCGACCCUAAAUCUGACAAACAAUUCAAGGUAAAUGGGCAUCGUCUAAAGCCCUACCUUACAGCAGAGCCACCCACACCAGCAGAUAAGGUAAAUCUGCAUCUCCCCGAGGUACAUGAGGACGUGAUAAAGGUAACACCCUCAUCUCAUCGAUCAUUGUAG